CGUGUUGAAUCAGAACUUCGAAAACAGAAGAUUAGUUUACAGUACACGAACUCACUCGUGUUUUCUCGAUUCUUCUUCAACACAACAACGACGACAACAUGGGAGGAAGUUCGAGUUUCAAGGAUGAAUUCACCUUCGACCAAAGACUCGAAGAAUCGCGGGAGAUUAUCGCCAAAUACCCCGAUCGUGUCCCUGUCAUUGUGGAAAGGUAUUUGAAGUCCGAUCUGCCUGAGCUGGGAAAGAGAAAAUACCUUGUUCCCCGAGACUUGUCUGUUGGUCAUUUCAUUCAUAUUUUGAGUUCCAGACUCAGUCUGCCCCCUGGAAAAGCUCUCUUUGUGUUUGUCAAGAACACCUUGCCUCAAACUGCUAGUAUGAUGGACUCUGUUUAUAGAUCAUUCAGGGAUGAGGAUGGAUUUCUUUACAUGUACUAUAGCACCGAGAAGACCUUUGGCUCUGUACAUAAUAUAAACUGUUAAAAAUCUGUACACUAUUGUAUAUAUGCAACACUGACAUUGUGAACUACUUCUUGUAUCACAAACCUGGUAAAAAUAUGUUGUAUGCAUGAAAGUGGGGAAAAAGGUAAAAUUAUUAUAUCCUUGUUUUGA